AGGGACUUUGUGCGCUCACGAAAGCCCCGGCAAGCACGUUAUAAAAGACGCAAGCCGGGAAUCCGUGGCGUCGCCUACCUCGCUGGACAGACGUGUGUUCUCUCGGCUCCUGGAAGUAGAACAAUGAGUUUCCUCCACAACAGGAUGUUUUUGGCCCCAGUCUCGGACGGAGAAAUAUUCGGCUCAGGAGUCGGUAUAAAGGAGGAGCUCAGAGGAGGUGUCUCAGAGGAGGCAUGCCUGGAUAUCAAAGAGGAGCCACUGGAUUUUGGAGAUGAAGCAGUGAGUGAAGCGAGCGAUGGGAAGGUGAAACGCGAGGCAGAUGCGAAAGACUCGUGUAACGCGGUUCGGCAUUGUCGCGACGUGUCAAGAUUGCCGCUCGUGGCUGAGGACUGCGGGAGCGGGUGUUCGGACGAGGACAAAAAUGCGUACGAGGGAAGGCUUAAGGGAGAUGCUCAGCCGAAGGCGGAAGCCGCGUCGAAUCGAUUUGUAUGCGAGGUUUGCGGCAAAAAAUUUUCUCAACGGUACCACUUAAAUGUUCAUAUCAGAAUCCACACAAAGGAGAAGCCUUACGUCUGUGAUAUUUGCAGCAAGGGAUUCCCGUCCAAAAGUGAUCUAGUAAAGCAUAUCAGAGUACAUACAAAGGAGAAGCCAUACAGCUGUGAAAUUUGCAGCAAUGCCUUCUCGAAGAAAAGUCACCUAAUAAGGCACAUAAGAGUACAUACAAGGGAAAAGCCAUACAGCUGUGAGAUUUGCAGCAAGGCCUUCACACACAAAACUAGUUUAGUAAGCCACAUGAUAGCGCAUACAAGGGAGAAGCCUCACAGCUGCGAGAUCUGCAGCAAAGCCUUCUCGGAGAAAAGUCAUCUAGUCAGGCACAUUAGAGUACAUACAAAGGAGAAGCCACACAUCUGUGAGAUAUGCAACAAGGCCUUCUCACAGAAAGAUAGUCUGGUCAGGCAUGUGAGAGUGCAUACAAGGGAGAAGCCAUACGUCUGUGAGAUCUGCAACAAGGCCUUUUCACGGAAACAGAAUCUGGUGCGGCACAUGAUAGUACAUAGAAAUGAGAAGCCCUAAGCCCAUGAGGUUUGAAAUAAAGCCUCACAUAAUUGCUGUUUGGUAUAGCACAUGAGUACAUACAAAAGAGAAGCUAAACAGCUGUGUGCGAUUUGCAAUACAUACGAGAGUACAUAGAAAGGAGAAGCGGUGAAGCUGUGAGAUUCCUCUAAUGAGUAUGAUAUUGUGAGUCAUGUACGCGUCAUGCAAGUAGAAACCAUGAAGACAUUUGGUCGGGUCGUAUAGUAUGUAUAAAUGUAGGUCACGAACCAGGUUUAUUCGAGGUCAAUGGAUAUGUUUUGACCCAGAGAAAAUAUCUCAUGGGAACCCGAGUCUGCAUCAAACAGCAUGAGGUUUUAUUUAAAAGAAACACACUUCCUCCCGACAUUUUUUUAUAUGUCUAGCCUAUUCAUUUCUUCUAACUAUUAACCAUCCUCUUGAUAUUAUUAUUAGAAAACUGUCCUAAGUUUUGAGGGAUUUCGGUCUGAUUCAUUUCAUACAUCAUUUUCUCAAUGUGUAGUUCUUGUGAAACGUAAUAAACUUUUAUGUACGAG